AUGGAAACAACUGUGAUACACUUCAUCCUUCUUGGAGUCAUCUCAGGUUUAACCAAAGGAGCUGGUGUGUUGCCUGAUGUUCUGAAUGCAGCUGUGGGAGAGAUGGUGAUGUUCAAUACAACACUGACUCCACCAGAGAAACCAUUCCUAUCAGUGGGCUGGACAUUUGAUGGAAAAAAUAUAAUCACUUUCAGUGGUGUAAACUCAACUGCACCAGAGUAUGAAGGCAGGAUCACCCUCUUCAUGUCUACUGGAUCUCUGGAGCUCAGAAAUGUGGCUCUAAAUGACAGUGGGGUAUACAGAGUUAGCAUUUUUCCAUCUGGAGAGCCACAGAAGACAGGUGAUACAAGACUGAACGUAGAUGUGCCAGUUUCCAAUGUAAUAGCAACAGCAAGCAGCACAGACUUGGUGGAGUUCAGCAGCUCCGUCCGUCUGUCCUGCUCCUCCUCUGGAUCCUCUCUGUCUUUCCUCUGGCUGAACGGCAGCUCUGAGGUUACAGCCAGUGACAGAGUUCAGCUCACUGAUGGAGGCGCCAAUCUCACUAUAUUUUCCGUAACCCGCUACGACCAGGGACCAUUCAGAUGUCAAGUGUCCAAUCCUGUCAGUAAUGGCACCAGUAAUCGAAUAAACUUCUCCAUCAGCUAUGGCCCUGAUAAUAUUAAUGUGACAAUAUCUCCAUCACAAGAAUAUUACGGUGAAGGGUCAGACAUCAUCCUGACCUGCUCAGCUGUCUCCAGACCUCCUGCCCUGUUUCACUGGUUUCUGAAUGGAGACCUGCUGUCUGAUACUGGACCAGAGCUCAGACUGAUGAACAUUCAGAUGAAUCACAGUGGUAACUACAGCUGUCAGGCCUUUAACAACAAAACUCUGCGAUAUCAGAUGUCUCAGCCGUCAUUUGUUUCUAUACUGGAGAGAAUAUCAGGGGUCUCUGUCACUUCAUCAACCCAUGUGCCAAUAGAGGGGAACUCAGUCAACUUAACCUGUGAUGCUGCUGGCUAUGUCUUCAGCAGAAAGUGGAUGAAGGAUGGCUCAGAUCUGAUCCUGACUGGUAACAUAAUACUUUACAACAACAACAGAGUGCUGUCUUUUAACAGCCUGAAUAAGAAUGACAGUGGAGAAUAUUCCUGUACAGUCAGCAACUCCAUCAGCAACAAUAAAGCGAAAUACGUCAUGGAGGUCAACUAUGGACCAGAAAAAGUUCAAAUCACAGGUCCAGGUGAGAUACAUCUGAAUGAGAACUUGACUUUAACCUGCUCUGCUGAGUCCAGACCAUCUGCCACUUACACCUGGAUACUGGAUGGGACAAAGAUACACAAUUCUGCUGUGUUCACUAAAGACAACAUUCAGCCCUCUGACAGUGGCACCUACACCUGUGAAGUGAUGAAUAUUGUCACCGGGAGAAAGUUGUCUGCAGACCAUGAAUUGUCUGUAAAAGACGGAGGUCUUUCAGCUGGGGCCAUUGCUGCAAUAGUUGUUGUAUGUUUAGCAUUUGCAGCAGCUGUUGGAGGGUACUACAUUCAUAAAAACAAAACAAAAAACAAAGCUUCACCACCCUCUGAUAAUAAAGAAGAAGAAGAACAUGUGUAUGAAAUCAUUGAGUGGCUGUGA